ACUCCUCUGUAUUAUUUAGUAUUUAUUAAUGAGAUUAAUCACAGUUUUCCUUUAAAGAGUUAAUUAUUUCAGUUCAGACCUUAAUUAAUUCUCUCUCUCCCUGUGGUGUGGUGUUUCCCAUUGCUUUGCUUCAGGAGAUGAAAAGCAAAUGAAAGAGAGAGAAGAGAACUGAAAAAUCAUAAAAAAAAAAAAAUAGCAAAUGAUGCAGAAUACCCACCACUGCAAAAUCCAAUCUUCAAUCCAACUCUACUCAAUUCCAAUCAAACCCCAUCUCUAAAUUUCCCAAAAAAACAAAAAACCCUUUGAUUUCUUGAACCCUUUUUUUGAGUAGUGGUGGUUCAGCUAUGACAGAAGUUCUCCACUCUCCAUCUCAUGGGUCAUUACAAAAUCAGUCCCACCACCAUUCUCUUAUUAAUCACUCUACCUCUCCUUCUUCUUCUCCUGUAAGUGAAAGUGAUUUGGAUUUUGAAGAAGAAGAAGAAGAAGAAGAAGAAGAAGUGAAAAACAGAAGAAGAGAGAGCUGUGGUGAUGAACAAAGAGAAGAAGAAGAAGAUCAGUUAUCCUUAUUAGCUUUAUUAGUAACUGCUUUUAGAAAAUAUUUGGUUGCUUGUAGAACAGAAACGGAUAGGAAAGAUCAACUUUGUUCUUCAAUGGAGAUUGGAUGGCCAACUAAUGUUCGUCAUGUUGCUCAUGUCACUUUUGAUCGCUUUAAUGGGUUUCUUGGUUUGCCUGUUGAGUUUGAACCUGAAGUACCUAGAAGGGCUCCUAGUGCAAGUGCAAGUGUUUUUGGAGUAUCAGCAGAAUCAAUGCAAUGUUCUUACGACUCUAGAGGGAACAGUGUACCAACAAUACUCCUGUUGAUGCAGAGACACUUGUAUUCACAGGGGGGAUUGCAGGCAGAAGGCAUAUUCAGAAUAACCGCAGAAAACAGUCAAGAGGAGUACGUCAGAGACCAGUUAAACAGGGGAGUUGUGCCAAAUGAUAUUGACGUGCACUGUUUGGCAGGACUUAUAAAGGCUUGGUUUAGAGAACUGCCUACCGGGAUUUUGGACCCUCUCCAACCUGAGCAGGUUAUGCAGUGCCAAUCAGAAGAGGAAUACACUGAACUUACGAAACUCCUGCCACCAACAGAAGCCUCUUUGCUGGACUGGGCCAUCAACCUGAUGGCUGAUGUCGUCCAGGAGGAACAUCAUAACAAGAUGAAUGCCCGCAAUGUUGCUACCGUAUUUGCACCAAACAUGACUCAGAUGUCGGAUCCUUUAACUGCUUUGAUGUAUGCGGUGCAAGUUAUGAAUUUCCUCAAGGCAUUAAUCAUGAAAAUGCUUAGAGAAAGAGAAGAUUCAUUAAUACAGUCAGCUCCUGGUUCCACCUUUGAGCCACCAGGCGAGAAUGAUCGCCAUGGGUCUCCAUUGCCGUUUAUGGAACCCGAGCAGAAUGAAGAGACAGAGCACAUGUUCAUUGCCAAUGAACCUGGUUUAGAGAGUCCGCAAGAACCUAUUGAUUGUGGAGUUGAUUGUUUACAAACUUCAGCUGAGAAGGCUGAUAAUGGUGAAAAUGGGUCUUUCUGUGAAAAUUCGGCAUGCAAACCUCCUCCAACUCAAGCUGAAAGUACCCUAACAAGUAAACCACAAGAAACGAGCAGCAAUGUACGAAAGGCUCGUACCCAGGAGAAAACAUGUAGAAAUAAGACUGGUCAGUCGAGUAAUGUGAAUCUGCGCAAGGGACCCAGAAAGGCUGUUAACAGUCAGCCAGUGGUCAAGAUAGCAGAACUUGUAGAGAAGUCGCGGGGUGCUAGCAUAGUUAGCCGUUUAAAUUCAAGGACAGAACGAAUUGAAGCUUGGCGGUGAAUGAUUCCGUUUGCUCAGAAAAAAGAGCUACGUCGUGACUUUGUUUGUGUGUAUGAUUAUCUUUUUUCCAUUUGUGAGCUCUUGAAACUAUUUUCGUCUGUGUUUUCAGUUUCCAUAUUGUACUUUUGUACUAUUAAGUAUUAAUUCAAUUAAAAGCCGCCUUCCAUCUGUUGUACAGUAA